GCUUGAGCCUGGAAAAUCCAAACCACCAAACACCAUCGCCUGACACAUCGCAUUUCCAGUCUAUCCCGACCCUUUUCACAGUCCGUCUCCUGUGCUUUUUGCAUCCACAAAUUCAAGCGAAUCUACUCCUGUCGCGCACCAUUACAAGCUCGGCUCGAUUGGUAUCGAGACCGCCAAACACGAUCCCGUCCCCGGCAUUAGUUCCCCACGCGGACAGAACCAACUUCCCGAAUCCAUGAUUUUCCCGAAAGCCGCUCCGCCUUUAUGAAACCAAAAGAAGAUGGCCCGGAUCCGGGCGCCAUACCUAGUGAAAUGGAAGGAAAAGGCAGCGCAGUCCCCGACCUCGGAGAGACGAAACCUUCCCCAUCGCCGAACCCACCAGGCGCAAACGACGACGACGUGAGCCUGACAACAAAGAUAUUCAGCUUCCUUGCGACCGCGACACCCGGAACCCUCGGUGGUGUCGCGGUGGGUCUGGCCGCGACCACAUACCUGGUCCUGGGUAGGCUCGGUCUCGUUCUGAUCGGCGCAUUCGGCGGCAUCGUGUCCUUCAUACAAUGGGAGCAGCGCAGUGCCGAAGUGGUACGGGCGGUCAAAGGAGAAAGGGGGCUGGACAUUUUGGCCCGACUCUUGGCGGCGAACAAUACCUCCGAGAACGCGUCCCUCGAGGAACAGAACGCCGCUGAUGCCGAAAGCAGCGCGUUGGUGCGCUCGUUCGACGACCUGCCGCCCGAGACGCGUAAGGCUAUGAAUGAGCUUGUUGAGGCCGUCAUCGAUAACUACGUCAAGUGGUGGUACUCGCCUAUCGUGCCCUCGGACAAGUUCUUCCCCGUGGCCUGCCGCAAGACGCUGACGACAUUCUUGACUUCUGUAUCCAACCGUCUCCGCAGGAAACGUCCCACCGACGCCUUCCUCGACUUCUUGACCAAUUCUUCUUCCAUCCUUGUCGUUUUCAUGUCCGAGCUCUCCAACGCCUUCUCUGAGCUGCCGCCCGAUUCGAAAAUGACGGCUGCAGAUGCCGUCUACAACUAUCUUGCCUCGCACCCCGAGUCCAACCUGUCCACGCUCCUGAAUCAGAAGCAGCAAGCGGGCAAAUUCCGCAUGGCUGCCGAUGACCUACUUGGCUUUCUUGACCGCGCGACCUACGAGUGCGAUCCUGCCAGGAUCUUUCUGCGAGAGGUUCUGGCUGGUGUGAUUCUCGAGAUGACACUUCAAUCCUGUUCCAAGGCGGAAUGGAUCAAUUCCUGGAUUGUCUACCUGCUCGAAUCGGGAGAGCCGGACAUCAGCCAAGCCAUUGACGUGGGCAUGCAGACGGGACCCGGGGCUGACGUAGCAUUUGCCGAUUUGGACGGAAACGUGGGUAAUAUCGGGCUCACCAAGGGCAACAGGAGUUCGUUUGAGUAUGAAAGGGUUCGCAGGAAGGAGUCUUUGGCCCACAAGAAGAAGCUAAGCAAGGCUGAAGAGGAAAUGGAGCUUGCCCUAGAGGAGAUGAAGCGCCUCAAUCAGAUGAUUUGCCAGGAGAAAGCCGCUAGGGAGGAGACGGAACAACGAAGCUUGCGGUCGGACACGAAAGGGAGCACAGCAGAGGCUUCUGAGCAGCUCUCUGAGGGCCCCAGUCCCCGCGGGAACGAGCCGGACACUCGGAAAGACCAAGCUGAAAGGCCGCGCCAGUCCCAACGCCUGGACACGUUUUCCGAGACCGCCAAACGGACGAGCAGCGAUGACUCGUCAGGUAGGAAUGAGGCCAUUCACACUCCAGCCACACCACUUUCCGGAGUGACACCUCCGUCGAGCCAGGACUCAUCUCCGCCAGCAAACACGGGGUCUCAUUUCACAAGUUUUGAUCAGAUUGUGCCCCCCGCUCGAGACGAACCGGAAACCGAGGCAAAGCAGCCUCCGAAACCACGUCCCUUGACAUUGCACAAUGCAGCCAUCACCGUUCUGGACGAGCCGGGCGAUGGCCGGAUCAGGACAAAGCCUGCCUGGGACUAUCUGGUUCAAAUCGAGCCGGCGACGACAGUAUAUCCUGGGUGGAUGAUCAUCAGGAAGUACAGCGAUUUCGAGACGCUCCACGAGAUCCUGAGGCGAAUCGCGGCCAUCUCCGGCGCAACGAUUUUCACGGAGCAGCACGGCACGCUCCCGUCCUGGAAGGGUCAUACUCGAACAUCGUUGCGUGCCGAACUGGAACGUUACCUGCGCGAUGCCUGUGGGCAUCAAAGCCUGGCAGAAAGCGAGGGGCUGAAGAAGUUCCUUGAGCGGGACCAUGGCCACAUCCCCAACGCGCCGAAGACGGGCUUUCAGGCGUUUGAGAAGCUGGGCAAGAACGUCCUGGACGUCCUGACGAGCGCCCCGCUGGAGGGCUCCAAGGCGGUGGUCGGCGGCGUUACUGGUGUGCUGGGGAACAUGGGCCUGGGCCAGCGAAAGCCGGCGCCCUCUGCUCCGCCGCCACCGCCAUCGGCCUUGCAAGAUGUGACAGCAGCUAGUCGCCUGUCCAUCUCGGCCCUGCCCCGGGCGGACAGCAGUGCUUCUCUCAGCGGGAUGCGCAAGGGAGCGCGGGACAGCAUGGAUAGCCAGCGUUCGUCCGUCGUGGCUUUGCAGCCGGGCAAAGUGCCACCUAUGGAGCGCCGCCCCAGCUACAACUCGCAAGGCGAGGCGGAACCUGAAAAUCCACGGCUUUCCGGGGUCUCGGGCAGGAGCAGUCGGGAACACAGCCGGCCAUCAAGCCGAGCACCGAGCCGCGCACCGCCAACGCGGUCGCCAUCCAGCCUUAGCUUUGACGGAUUCCGCUUACCUCCGCCGCCCGAUAUGAUUGCCGACGACUACGAGUUCCCCGUCAGCCCGUCGAACAACACGCGACCCCACGACUUCUCUCACGCCCGCUCCUUAACCAUGCCCUCGAUCAACAGCCAGCAACGGCUCAACGGCCCGCCGCUGAAGGGCGUCAAGCAGCAUUCGAAACUCUCGGAGCAGGAGACGCGCGUCGCGGUCGAGCUCCUCUUCGCCGUCAUCAACGAGCUGUACACGCUCUCGUCGGCGUGGAACAUACGGCGCACGCUGCUCGCGGCGGCCAAGUCGUUCCUCCUGCGGCCGGGCAACCCGUCGCUGCUGUCGAUCCAGUCGCUGAUCCAGUCGUCGGUGCUCGACGCCAACACGACGGACGGCGGCAUCGCGGCGCAUCUGAGAAAACUCAGGGAGAACGCGCUGCCGACCGAGCAGGAGCGCGCGGGCUGGCCGGCCGACAUGACGCCGGAGGAGAAGGAGAAUCUGAGGGUCAGGGCAAGGAAGCUGCUCAUCGAGAGCGGCGUGCCGGCGGCCCUGAUGGGCGUCAUGGGCCAGGCGGCCACGUCGGAGGCGCUCGGCCGGCUGUUUGACUGUCUCCAGAUCGAGGAGGUUGCGAGGGGUCUGAUGUUUGGGGUGAUUCUCCAAGCUGUGAGAACGGUUACGCAUUGAUGGGGCCUUAACGAUUGUCUUCUAAACUUGUGCACGACGUUUGAGGCACAGGGAGGUUUUCGGUGUAUGAAUGGGAUUCUUCAAAUGGCCGGGGCCAGCAGACGUGUUGUAUCUCGCUGUGCGAAGGAGCACUAUCGGCUGGCUGAAUGUUGUAAUGAUCUAAAGACUUUUUGUAAUGGGGAUUGGCUACGAAUAGAUCAUCGCAAUCAUUAAC